GUGAACCGGUUUGAACCAAUGUGCCGCGCUGUUGUGGGUAUCGAAAAGUAAUGGUUAAAAGUGUUCAAACUGAUUGAGGCCGCAACAUGUUUUCCCUACUUAGCACUGCCACAAUGCUAGGCGCAUUUACUGCUCUGUUUGCAAUCGUUUUUCAAGCGUACCUUACUUCCAAUGAGCUCGUACGGUUGACCGUCAUUUUGCAGCAUUUGCGAGAUUUGGAGGUAGAAUAUCCGGUCAACAGUCCACGCGUUGCCAUCGGGUACGGUUCCUGCAGUGAUUUGCACGUGCGGGCGAUAGAUUUCCUAGAGUACAGUGACAACAUUGGCCACGCGCUAAAUGCGAGCGAAUAUACCUUCGACGACAUUACGAACGAGGAAGAGUUUCUGCUUAAUUUUGGCUAUUACUUCCAACGCGGCGCAGCUGCAGAGAGAUUUACUGCCAACAGGGAGCUGUUUAUGAGUUUGGUACAGCGAGCAAAGAAAUCGAGCACCAUCCAGCAUCACUGGGCGCUAGGCGGCAAUGCACCGGUCAUAGGAACGCGUAUGGCGAUCGAGGGUGCAAACGUGCUGCUCGGUGCCAAAAUGUCCUCAAAAUUGAAGACACACCUGCAACCAGAAGUUCGCCUCACCGGAAGCCUUAUCGAGGACGAUGAUAUUCAUCUGAUACUUGAGUACAACACCGGUGACACAUGGGGCGAUUUAGUUUCACCCCGUGCAAACCGCUACAUCCUACACAACGAUCACCACAAUCCGUACCUGAGCUCGCUGGAAGAGUUCAAUGCCGCACUCAGCGGGUUUGAGCCGCAUCUGUUCGUCGUGAGCGGCUUGCAGAUGAUGGACAAUUACCUUUAUCCCGCAGGAGUACGGGAACAGCUACUGGAACGGGUACGCUCUCAGAUGCAGGCUCAAUCACGCACUCAAACGCUGAUCCAUUUCGAAAUGGCCAGCUUCGUGGAGUUGGAGUUGCUGCAGCUGUUGCUCCGGGCAGUGCUACCGUACAGUGAUUCGAUCGGUAUGAACGAACAGGAGCUGGACAAUCUGCAGCAAGUGUUGCAAACGGGCCGCAUCAGCCUGGUGGCCGACUGUAAUCCACGCGUGGCCCAUUCGCUCGACCAAGCACGCGCCGUCUUUCGGAAGCUGAACGAAGAUUUCCACCGAAAGCAAUCGAACGCUGGGGAUGGAGCAACCCGACGCCCACUUUCUCGCAUUCAUCUGCACACGCUCGCCUAUCAGGCGUUUAUUGUGGCCAAGGAUGGUCGCUGGCAGCACACAAAACAUGCUGCUGCUAAAGCCUCGCUUACGGCACACCGGCACGUGUGUGCGAGUGCGAUCGUGAAUCCGGAUGCGGCGUACCUGCAGAUGGAUGGAAGCUUUGCCGUUUCUGCUGAACCGGGAGCAAGAAGGAUACACUUUAACAACCGUGAGCCGGUUUCGUGCUGGGAGGAAACGCUCGAACUGCAGGAUCGUGCACCAUCGAUCGUGGUGGAGAUAUGCGUAGCGCCGGUUUUAAUAUGCAAACAUGCAAAGCAAACGGUCGGCGCUGGAGACAACAUUUCCGGUGCGGGAUUAGUGCUGCAGAUAUGAGCCCGUGUGCGUGGAAAUUGCAAGAGACUGCUUAUGAGGUGUUCCACUGUUCCUGCCACAAGAGUUCCCGUUGAAAAUCGCCAACGGUAGAAGCUCGAUUUUAAAAUUGCCUAGCUUAAUACGAAGAUACUCUUUUUAAUUGUGACAAAUCAACAUUCCAUGUUCGAUUGCUCUACGCGCCAUUCCAAUGCAAUGCGUUCCAAAAUUAUAACCACACUCGUUUAUUGCUACCUAGGAUCAAGAUAAAUAUCAUUUUUUAUCAUUACACAUACAUGUUUAUCAAAAUUUAAUGAAUAUUUAAAAGCUAGUGACUAAGAAACCCCGAAAAAAGGUCGUUUGCCGAAAGAAUAAUUUCACUCGAAAUUUUUAUCAAUUACCCAACUAAUGAGACCUUGGAUUGAUGAAAACAGGGUGGUUUUGGGGGGAUUGUUUUGACGCUAUCCGAUACUUUGCGUAGCAAUUCAAGAUAGAAUUAUAAGAAAUUAAACAAUGACUAGACCAGCCAUUUCAAAAUACCUUAAGUAUAAAAGGUAACCCCAACUAUAAUAGAUGUCGUUCAUGAAGAUAAGAAACGGCACAAGGUCGAACAUUCACCACACGCGGCUAGCUCACACGAUUA